AUGGUGCUUGCUUUCACUGCCAAGAAGAAAAUUGGCUUUAUGAAUGUCAAGAUUUCAAUGCCAGAAGUUGAUUCACCUUUGUAUGAGGAUUGGCAGAGCUGCAACACCAUGGUACUUUCAUGGUUGAUCAACUAUAUGCACAUUGAUGUCUCUAGCAGCAUCAUGUACUAUGAGACAAUUAGGGAGAUGUGGCUCGAAUUGAAGAACUUGUUUUCACAAGGAAAUGGACCUAAGAUCUACAACUUGCAGAGGGAAAUUUCUCAUAUUUCCCAAAAUCAAAUGACAGUUAUUGAGUACUACACCAAAUUCAAGCGAUUGUGGGAUCAAUUGUUGAAUUUUGAGCCAUUUCCAGAAUGUUCUUGUGGAGCAAUGAAGAUCUUGAGUGCUUCACAUGAUAAAGCCUAUGUAAUGAGGUUCUUGAUGGAAUUGAAUGAGAACUUUGAGACUUUUCGAAGUUAG